UUUCUCGUUAAAAAAAAAUUUAUUUAUUUACUCAACAACAGAAAGAUAAUUAAAAAUUAAAAACUUUUUACAGUGAAAAGAAACUUCUAAAAUAUACUUGCAUCUCAUGGGUUAAGUAACUGUAUCUUUUUCCCACACAGUGGCAAUACUAAAUAUUCCCCAAUCUCCAACUCCCCAAUGUCGCGAGAAAUGUCUAAAUAUCUGGUAGCACUGGCAACAAAUUACCGUUGCAUGGCAACUCAUUUGUUUACGUUUUUAUUUACAAAUCCUUUUCAAAGGAUGCACAAUGGACCUCAUCAAGGAGAUAAACGACAAAUACCUGGCCCUAGAGGCGGAGAUCGAUCUGAAAUUGGAGAAAGUGCAAGCUGAGGAACUGAAACUGGAGCGUCAGAACGAAAAGCUGGUCGAGACAUCUAUUUACACACCAGUACCAAAAGUUUUGUCCUAUGAAGAGGCUCUACUAAGGAACACGAACACCCUGAAGUCGUUAGAAAUAGCCAAAGCCCGCCUGAGAUCACGAUCUACAUAUUCUCCCGUUGAAAAAAUCCUUCAAAAGGCCCUGGAGAACUACAGGAAGGAACUGGAGAGCCUCCAGGAGGUAAGGAGCGAUCACGAUCAGGAGGCCAAUGAGGAGGAGGAGGACAAUCUGUACGAUCUUGUCAUGCAGAACGUGAUCGAAGCCAAGAAGCAACACACCCAAAAAACAACAGAUCUUUAGGUUAUUUCCCUGGAACUCGAGCUGUUCAUAUAGCUAUGAUAUAGAAUAGAUACAUAGGUGCUCGGUAUGUGCGCAAGUGAGACAUUGUCAAGCUGAAUAAACACUCACCAAAUGUA